AUGAUCAAGGCUUCAAAAAGACCUGAAAGCCCUAUACAGGAGAGUAUCCAGAGAAAGAGGAAGAGAGGAGAAGAGAUGGGGGGAAAAGCUGAUGACAGACCCAGCACGUCCUACAAUACUGACAUGGAACAGCUGUCAGGGACAAUCCCAGCAGACGCCCCCAUCAUUGUGACUGGACUGGAAAGCUUCACCUUCCAUAAAAUCCUUGGAGAGGGUGGUUAUGGUAAAGUCAUGCUGGCCACACAUCCCGCCUGCCAACAACAACUAGCAGUGAAGCUGGUGAAGAAGAGGGUCCUGCUUCAGGACUUUAAAGACAAUGUCCUGAUUGAGCGACAGGUCCUGGAGGUGACUGGGAAGAAUCCAUUGUUUACCCAUGCUUAUGCCACCUUCCAGACCGAGGACUAUGCCUUCUUCAUCAUGGAGUUUCUUAGCGGAGGAGACCUAAGUGGCCUCAUGAGAGCCAACGCCCCAUUCACCGUCCCAGUCACCAGGUAA